AUGUGCACGGAAAUAGCGGCCCCAAGUUUGAGACAAUACCUGAUGGAGUACCUGCAAAAUCGAAAUUUGACACAAAAAGAUAUCGAGAUCCUGCUGAACAUUACGUUGUAUAACGACCCAGUCGACAGCCAAGAGGACGACCAACACCAGACUGGUUGCUACUGCAGCGGCAGCGUCAAGAACUACUCACUGUGGUUCCGGGCGGUGCACGGCUACGUCAGCCUGUUUCUGUGCGUGUUCGGCGCGUUAGCUAACGCGCUCAAUAUCGCCGUGCUGACGCGCAAAGACCUGGUCGGUUCGCCGAUCAAUCGGAUACUGUGCGGCCUGGCUGUGGCCGACCUGGCCCUCAUGGUUGAGUACAUGCCGUUCACUUGCUACAUGUACCUGACCACCGCCAAGAAGGAAGAGUUCUCUCACGUGGGCGCCGUGUACGUGCUGUUGCACACGUACGUUUCGCAGGUGCUGCACACCACGUCCAUAGCACUCACGCUCAUUUUGGCCCUGUGGAGAUACGUCGUUGUCAAGUAAGUGCUUGACGCGUCGAUAUACACUUAGCAGAAUUCGGCCCGUAACACGCGUAACCCGCAGUGUAAUACAGAAACCGAAACAGAUUUACGGGUUACGGGUUACGGUUUUCCAAUUUCUCGGCCUACCAAGCGGGUUUCCCAGCGCGGCAAGUGGAGUUUGAUUUAUUUUUAUUCGUUCUUAUCCGAACUGCACUCGACCGUGUACAUGGUCUUCCAAAUUAUAUGUUAAGUUAUAAAAUUAUAAAAUUAUAUGUUACGGGUUUUUGUGUAGGAACAUAAUAAAAUAUCCAUUGCAAUGUAAAAGGGGUCCAAUGAUGAUGUGACACUUGAAAUAACAUUUGUUUUAUUCAAUAGUUUCACUAUAUAUAAUUAUUAUGUCUCUGCGCUACAGUUAAUAUAUUAAACUUUUGUAUUCAAGUGAGAAAACUGAAACUAAUAAAUUUUAAAUUUUAAAAAAAUUUAAAAUAUAGCUAUUUUGUAAAAUAGAUGUUUAGAAUAUUUUUCUACUGAUUACAUAUUAUAAAUCACAAUAACAUUCAUAUUUACAAAAACUUCAAAAAAUUAUAAAAAAUGAAAGAGAAAAAUUGCUGCAACAUAAAAUCCUGAUCACUCUGUAUAUUAUAAUAUAUAAAUUAUAUCAAAGAUAUUGCAUAGAACAAAAGUUAUUUCAAGUGUCAGAUCACCGUGAGACAUCCUGAAUACUAUGAAAACUAGCUCAUACUUUAAAUUCGGAAGACUACCCUGUAUAUUAUUGUGAUUACAAAACUGAGAGCGGAAUUGAACAGCGUAGAAAAUUGCGCCAUGACGACUCCUUUACGCAUUGCACUACAGUAUUAUUAUUGUUUUCCGACGGUUGCCACCGAAACUGCGGUGAUCAUAAAAAUCUAUACAUCCAAUAAUACAUGCUAUGCCGUAAUAUUUAAAAAAAAAGAAUUCUAAAUUACACUCGAUUUUUUUUUUACCAGUAAGUACGCAAAAAACGAAAAACUUCAAAAAUAAUCAAAAGCGAUUUUUAUGAUCACCAACUAGAUUAAAAAUUCAACAAAAAAGAUCUCUUUUUGUUUUUCAAUUGGACCAAUAUUUCUUGUAGAAAAUAUCGUGUGAACAGAACAAAUUAAAACCAAUGAAAACGGUAACGCCACGGUGCGCCGUAAAUAUUUGCUAGUUUCUUUCGGGUUUUUUCCAAUUAUUUUGAAAACCUCUUUAGAAAAUCAAAAAAUGACCUCUCUAAUGUACCAACAAGACAAAAUUUCCUUUCAGAAAAGGACCUAUACUCUACACAUUGGCGCGAAAUAAAAUGUACAUUUAUAGUUAUGGUAUCUUUUUAAAAGUGUUCUUUUUAACAAAUUCGAGCUUUAUAAAAUUAUAUGAACUUAAAUAUUCCCGACUAUUCGAUAAAAUAAUCUCAGGUAAUUAUUUAUCAGCUGUUUUAACAAACUAGUGAUUUGUUUUCGAAUUAUUAUUAUCGACAAUCAGUAUCGUUUCCCUAUGGUUUAUAUGGAGACUGGACAGUUUGUUUGUCUUUUAUAUAAUAUAAAUAUCCGAGUGAUUAUAAAUAUUUGUUUGCAAUAAUUGUUUGGAUGAGAAAGGUAUAUUGACUUGGAGGUUAAAAAUAUUUUAUAGUGAUUAUCAAAAAAAAAAAAAAAAAAAUAAAACUAUUAACAAACACACCGUAUAACUAUAGUUUUUUUUAUGUAUCUUACAUAAUCCGAUCAAAUUAAUUAAAAGUAAUUGGUCAACAAAUAUUUGACUAAAAUAAUUUAAUUUAAAUUAACCGUGGAUGGAGAAAAAUAUCUUCACGUAGCAAUUUAAAUAAAGGCUAUUUAAAAAAAAUAAAAUAUAUGCCUGGCGUCAAAAUUCGUAUUACUUAUAUUAUUAUUAUGCUGCGUCUUUAGAAUUAAAUAUAAGGUUUGCUUUUUUUUCAAUGAUUUUUCGAACAGAAUACUUCCCCUGAUUACCGACUUUAAGAACGGUUUUUGUUAGAGAAUUCCGUCAUAUUAUUAGUGCAUUAUUGAGUAAUGGGUAUUUCGUUUUUCGAUAAUAAGGGAUAACCGGAAAAACGGGAAUAUUUACACAAAUAUAUUUCCUGUUUUUUUUCGACUAUGUUUUCUUGUUAGAAUACAGUAAAACAUAAUCGCAUAAAUCUGGCAUUUUUACCGAAUACUUUUAAAUUAGCAUUUCGUAGACGUGGUAUAAUUUACAAAAUAUAAUGGAGUCUAUUUUUGUUGUUUAUAGCUAUUUAAAUGUUAGAAUUUAUUUGUUUAAUGUAGGUAAAAUUUCUUUAACAUCCUGAAAAUGCUUAAAAAUUUGAUUCAAUGUUUAUUAUAUUAAAUUGUUUUUAUGACACUAUAAAAAUAUCAGAAAUCCGAAGUCACGAUUUUUUUUUUUUUUUUAUAAGCGUUUUAUAAUAAUAAAUUAUAAUUUAUAUUCGUAUUAUAUAUUAUAUAUUCGUAAAAUCACGAUAUUCACUACUAUUUUCCGAUUUAUAUGGAUAAAAAAUGGUUUAGCUAAAAACCGCAAAGAAUUGUAAUUUAUUUUGUUUUAGUUACAAAUUAAUACAAUUUCCAAUUUGAAGUUAUAAAAACAUAUUUAACCGAGCCUAGCUCAGAAUCUAUCUUUGAUAACAAUAAUUUAUCGUUGCGUAUAGAUAUAAAUUAAAUCCCCCUUCCACUGCACUACCUUCCUAAUCGACAACAAUGCGAAAUACGUCCAUUUUUUUUUUUUGUAACAAGAAAUAUUUGCAUUUCAGUUGGUUUAUAAUUAUUUUUAUUUUUUUAACGUUCGGUUUUGGAUUCCAAACAAUGCAAUGAAUGGUGUAAUAAACGAUGUAAAAGGAAUGUAUCGAUUUUACAUCAUCGACAAUUAAACACAAAUUCAGCAAUAUUUUACCUUGUAGGAAUGUAGUUUCUUUUUUUAUUUUGUUCAAUUCACAAUACCCUGAAAAUGUGCAAAAUACACAUGAUGAAAAUAUUCAAUAAAAUUUUAAUAAUAAUGCACCUACAAUAAGGCUUUUCGUAAAUUUAAAAAAAAAAAGCUGAUACUGUUGAUAGGUAUACCACUGUUGUAGGUGGGCAGUUGAAAAAGUAGAAAAAAUAAAGUUAUUAAAUGUACAUCCGUAAACAAAGAUAAACUAUUGCAAUUUUUUUUUCUUUUAAUCAACUUUUGAGGAUAUAAUUAAAUAAUACUUAGAAACUAUUUACUAAUAACCAUUAACUUCAUGUUUGUCUUCAUCAGUGUCCUCAUGUGUAAUAAAUAUCAUCAUUAAUAUUCAAUAGUUCUAAUGUCUAUACUGGUAAUUUUUGUUUUUUAGUUUUAAUAUUUGAUUGCAAUGUUGUAAUCACUGGGCUUGAUGAUAUUAAACGCAUCUGUAUUAAGUCUUCGGUCAUUGUUUCACAAGAUGUCUUUCUGGUAUUAUAUUAACAAGACCUUUUUUUUUUUUUUUUAUGGGCCUCUUGUGCUUCUUUUAAAUCACCUAUGACAACGAACAUAUUACACUUUAUUAGACCUCUAUGUUUUGUUGGUGACUGAAGUUCAAUUGUAUACACAAUUUUUAAUAUAAAUUCCAACGAUUUAAUCCAUCCAUGCUACAUUGACAGUCCAUGUUUCAUUUUAUAAUAUUAGGUGUUUAGUGUUUACUUUAGUUAUAGCUAUAUCAAAAAAAAUCCCAUAUAUAUAUAUUUUAAAUUAAAUGUUCAACAACAUGUAAUAAAUGAACAAUUAAUGGUUUUAAUAAUGAAUAAAAAACUCUUUACAUUUACCAUAUUAAUUUUAAUGAUAAGAUACACGAUAUAAAUAUAGUAUUGUAUACUCAAAAAAAACGGCUGAAUAAAAGUAAUGAUAGAUUUUUGGCCUUUCAGUUUUUAUCAGACAAGUUAGAAUUGAAUUCGGUCUUACUGUGCAUCGCGCUCUACUUUUUUUUUUUACCACUUAAUACAACUCAUAAUGAACCCCCUAUUAAAUGUGCAAGUAUUUCUGUUGGGUUAACCAAUGAUAUCCACAGGUACUACCUACCAAAUAAAAAAUACGUAAAACACACAAUGAUCUAAAAAUCUCAUGUAAUUUUUUGAUUAAAGUAAUUUUUCUGUUUAAAGUGUUAAAAAACGUAUACAUCAUAGUAAAACUAGUAGACCCCAUGCUCUGCUCCACAUCUAAAACCACCCCCAACUAUCAAUAUGCACACUAUUAAUAAUGAUGAUCUUAAUAAAACACGAUUUAAUAUUGUUUGAGAUUAAAUUUAAAAAUUAAAAAACGGACAUACAUCGCACGUGAGUGGGCCACUGUUGUAUGUAAAAAGUUAAUAGUAUAGGGGAAAUUGAAAGAAUAUCUGUAAGAAACGAUAAGCGAUAAAACAUUGCUAACGAAAAAACAAUUCUGAGAGUAGUACAGUUGAUAGUGUUGUUUUGUCAACAAUAUAUAUGUCAUAUUAUGAUAAAAUAGAAAGGCAUUAUAUAUUUUCUUUAAUAAUAUGUAUUGUUUAAUAUUGGAACUAUUUUCCCGGUUUUUCCCAUUUUUUGGGAAAACUGAAAAAGUAUUUCCUUAGUCUGAUUUCCUUUCAGAAAAGGUGCUACACUUAAAAAUCGAAGCAAGAUUUCUGGUAGAAAAGUUAUCCGCAGAAAAAAAAUCUUUAUAAAACCAUAAGCUUCUUCGAUCUAAUUAUAAUCUAAAAUAAUAUAUUGCAGUGGAAACGAAUGAAUAAUUAAGUAAGCACAUGUAUUUGUCCUUCAUUUUCACUUAAUUUACUAAUACUUUAAUUAAAUAUUUAAUUACAGAAAAUUCGACUUUAGAACCUCAUUGUUCCCAUUUAUUCUUAUUGCUAUAAAUAUUUUGGAUUUGAAAACUAAAUUAACUAUUAAAAUAUAGUCUAAUAUAUAUUGCUAUUAUAUGGACGGGCGAUUAUUCUCUCUCGUGUAGAUAUACUGUAUUCACGAAAUCAUCGUUUUACACAUUUGUAAUUGUGAAAAUGAAAUUAAUUAUGAAUAAAAACCAUAUGUCUAUGAGUAAUUUUUAAAAAAAUAUCGUGGUUUUUGCACCAUUAUAAAGCCGGAAUAUUUUAACUAAAAAAAUUAAAAAAAAAAAAGAUUUGGACAUACCUUGUACUAUUAAUGUAGGGUGGGUCACUAUUGUAAUUUGGAAGUAGAGAAGGUAGGAGAUAGAGGUAAAUUCAAUGUAAAUCUGUAUGUAACGGUUAAUCUUUGCUAAUGAAAAAAGAUUCUGAGCGGAUUUCUGUUAUACAUAUUUUUUGAAAGGCCGUAAUAUUUACGGUUUCAAAAUAAUACAUUUCGUACAUUUUCCCGUUUUUUCCGAUUAAUACUCAUUUUUUAUGAAAACAGGUGGGGAAAUUAAAAAAAUUGCUUCUUUAAGUUACUACCCCAGUUAAAUUUACUUUCAGAAAGAGUAUUAUACUUAAAAUAUCGGAGCGAAAUUGCUAGUAGGAAAGUUGUUCACAGAUAAGAAAAAAAAAAAUACCGUUGUAAAACCAAUACAUUCCUCGCUCCACUCAGAAUCUAAAAUACGAAUAUUUUUAAUCGAAGUGUCAGGUAGGUAAGUACUUACUAAAUUUAUUUAAAAGCCGUGUACCUACCAUACCUAUGUGUCAUCAGUUUUAAUCUUGUCGACAAAAUAAUCGAAUCGAAUUGUGAUUUCACGCAUUCAGCGUAUUCGCUGAAUACAAAAUAAUGCGAAAUGUAUAAUACACAGACAAUUGCAUUGGAAAUAAUUUAUUUAGUCCACACAGCUGCAAGAUAUAUUAUAUUAUCGUUUUGACAAUAAUAUUAUUUGAAUUUAGCACAUCCGAUCGAAUGUGUAUUCGAUCAGAAGACAUUCGUUUAUGGGCCUAAUUAAUUAUUUAAGAUUCUGAGGGAACGAUGAAUGUAUUGGUUUUACAAUGAUGUUUAUUUUUAUUUUUAAUUUUUUUAACUGUGAACAACUUUUCUAUCAGCGAUUUUGCUCCGAUUUUCAAGUAUAACAUUUUCUCUGAAAGGAAAUUUGACUGAAGUGGUACUUUAGAGAGACUAUUUUUUGAUUUUCCCAGGAGUUUUCCCAAUAAAUAGGAAAAACCGGGAUAAACAUGGGAAAAACCGAAAAACAUUUAGGAAAAACGAGAAAUUAGGUAAAAUAUUAAAGAAAUAUUAUCAAAGAAAAUAUAUAAUUCAUAUGUAAUUAUUUUACCGUAAUAUGACAUAUUCAUAUGAUAAAGCAACACUAUUAACCUAACUCCACUCAGGAUCGUUUUUCAUUUGAAAUGGUUAAUCGUUGCGAUAUACAUUAAAUUUCCUGUUUACCUUUCCAACUCCUUACCUUUACAAGAGUGGAUCACCCAUCGUGCGAAGUAUGUAAGUAUAUUUUAGAUUCUGAGUGGAGCGAAGAAGCUUAUAAUUUUACCAAGAUAUUUAUUUUUUUAUUUUUUUAUUUUUGUUCUGUGGACAACUUUUCUACCAGAGAUCUUCCUCAAAUUUUUAUUUGUAGCACUUUUUCUCAAAUGAAAUCGAUGUGGGGAGGUACUUUAAAUAGGUUGUUUUUCGAUUGCUCAAGAAUUUUCUCAUCAAAUGUGAAAAACCAAAAAACCAAGACAAAAAAGGGGAAAAAAUAGGAAAAUCAGUAUAACUUUAAACAAAUAUUAUUAAAAAAAAUUUAUAAAGCUUAUUAAAUUAAUUUACUUUAUUAUGGCAUACAUAUUGUUGAUAAAGCAUCACUAUCAACUGAACUCCACUCAUGAUCGUUUUUCGUAAACAAUGGUUUAUCGUUGUUAACAGAGAUACAUUAAAUUAUCUAUAACAGUCGCUGCACCCGUCCCUAUUAUCAUAUGGCGUCUUUUUAGGAGUAUAUCUAUUAAAUCGCAUAAUAUACUAAAUGAGCCAUGAAGGGUAUGGUCCUACAACGCUCUUUUUACAUUGUUUUAAAAAUCAUUCAAUAAAUCAGGUGACAAAAAAAUAAAUCAUAUAUUGUUUGUUUUAGAUUCGGAAUAGAGCGAAAGAUUUAUUGAUUUUAAAAUGAUGUGUGUAUUAUUUUUUUUGUUUCAUUUUUUAUAGUAGUGUUGGAAAAUAAAGCAUAUAUAUAUAUAUUAUUUUUUAUUAUCUAUUACAUUAUGUUAUAAUAUUAUAUUGAUUUUCAAUUAGUUGAUAACGUUUACGUUUUGAACCUAAAUAAAACAUUGACGCUUUGUUCUACAUUAUUUAACAUUAUUAUUGAUUACUUUUUUUAUUGUAUUUUACAAAUAUAUUCGCACUUCAAUUUUAUUUUCCUUAGUCAAUUUUUAAAUUUUUCUUUAAGGACUGAUAAAUUGUUCGUAUUUAAGAUUUUUAAAUAUUUUGUAACCAACACUAGACAUAGCAGUAUACUGUAGGUAUUUGUUACCAAAUGACAAUAAGAACAUUGCCAUUGAUCUCCAGCAUUGAUGUAUUCCAUCACACAUAACGUUUAAAAAGCGGCGAUAUAAUUUAUUCUGUAUUGUUUUCAGUAUAAAAAUUAGUUCCACUCAAUAUUGUUUUGAGUUUUUUUUUUUUUUGAUAUAUCAAUAUGAUAAAAUCUGGGAGUGCUACUUAAAUUUAGAAGUUAACAAUGCUAAGAAUUGGCGCUCAUGGGUGUAAUGUUAUUUAAAAAUGGUAAUAUAUAAUAUUUAUUAUGAUUUCAUUGAAUUGUGUAACGUUUAAUACCUAUAUUAUUUCCACGAAUAAAAUGUAAUAAAAUUCAGCAAAAUAUCGAUUCCAGAAAUUCAAAACGGAAAAAGUUAUUACUUUUUUUUUUAGUUUUGUCGGUUUUAUAAAUUUUCAAAUAAUUUAAUCCGAAUACUUCCAGGAUAACCGAUAUGAUAGAUAUUUUGCGUUUUUAAUAUAAGCUACGCGUGUAUUAAUUUACCUGAAUAUCAUACAAUAAUACAAUACUUAUUCAAUAAUAUAUAUAAUUGUAUUAACAGCGUUCUAUCGUCACCUUGGUGUUUUGCUUAUAUUUUAAAUGCUUUUGGUUCUAGCUUUCCCUUCUUGAUCAUGUUCACUUAAGUUUUACAUCCACAAUUUUACUUUUAAAAUAAGAUGUUUUAAAAAAUACGAAUUAGUUGAUGACAUUUUCCUUGCUAAGGAAUAUUACUCAUUAGUGUAGUAUUUAGUGAAAAUAACGAAAAAAAUAUUAUAAUAAUAUAUUUUAUUUCGGAACACAUUUUUCCAUUAGCCUAGGUUAUGCUACUUAUACGGAGAAUAAAAAGCAUAAUUCUGUUAAAAUGAUACUACAUAAUAAUAGGAUUAGUUUGAUUAAAAUACACAACCUCGUAUGGUGGCGUUAAUAUUUGUACAGAGUUGAUACCAUGGAGAUUAAAAUAGUUAAGAACAAUAUGUAAAUGUCUUAUCAGUCUCGUAACUUGAUAUGUCUAUUGACUAUAAAGAUAAUAGUAUGUUGAUAAAUGAUAAAUCAUUCAAAAUUAUAAACUAUUUAAUAGGUACAGAAUAGAUACCUAAUUAUUAAAAUAAAAUUAUUUUCUUCGUAUUUAAAGAUAGGGAUAAAAAUGCCAGACAAUUUCAGUGAAAAAUAAAAAACCGAAAUAAUGAAAACAUUUAAAAUAAAAUAUAUUUCUAAAACUUCCAUUCUUUGGAAAAUUAAAAAAAAUUGUUGAUUUAUAAAAGCCUAAAAAAAAAAAGAGCUAAUAAAGAGCUGGUGGGUACGCACAUCAUAGUAAAACAAAUUAUUAUGAUUUAUUAAUAUUGAUUAAUAAUAAUUACAUUAAUAUUAAUAUAAAUCAGUAUGGGAAAAAUAUACAAAAGUAAGUACCAAAAACAUUUCAAUAAUAUGCAAUACUAUAUUACAAUAUUAUAAUUAUAGUACCUAUAAAAAUCCGGAACGUAUAUAUCAGGAAUAUACAAAUCAGAAAUAUAAAAACCUGGAAAGUACAAAUACAGAUUCCACAUUUAUAAAGAUAUCUAUUCUUUAGCGUUUAUUUUUGAAUAUGAGAAUUUAUAUUUUCCAUGGUAGUGAGCAAGUCAAUUCUAAACACUACAAUUUAUUAAAAAUAAAAACUUCUUAAAAAUAAAUUUUGAUACCAGUCCUAAAUAGAUACGUCCGUAUCGGCUAAUUAUUCGUUUUCGCUAUCAAUAGUUGUGCAUAUAGUUUCCGGACAUGGAAUAAAAUACAAGUCUAUUUGUCGUUAUUGGAACGCGAUUUUAAAAAAAAAUUCAAAACAAUUUAUUGUCCCAUAAUACAUAAAGUUGUUUUGACCAGAGAAAAUAAACUACCUAUAUUUUAUUGGAGUAAUGUAGGUAUUAAAAACAAUUACGAACACAGAUCGCCUUCGAAAAGCUGUUAUGAUUUGUAAGAUUAAAUGCAUUGUUAAUAUAUUGUAGGUAGGUACGUGGCCUUGCGUAAUUUCGUUGGCACGGUGUGAUUUGUGUAGUGCCACAGCUGCUGCACGACGGUAAAUUAAAAGAACCGAUAUUGCUGAUAGGUAUGCCACUAUAAUAGGCGGGGAAGUAAGAAAGGGAAAACACAUAGAUUUAUUAAAUUUAUAUCUGUGUGCAACCAUACAUUAUUUUUAACAAAAAACGACUCUGGGUGAAGUUCCGUUUAACAUGUUUUGAAUUGCUGUAAUUUUUACGUAAAAAAAAAACUUCGAACGCAUAUAAAAAAGAAUAAAUAUACAUUAUACACAACUUUUUUUUCACCACUAAAUGUAACUUACGAUGAACGACGUGUUAAAUUUUCAAUUAUUUUUAACCGAAUUACAUCAAAAUAUAAAAUCGAAAAUAACGAAAUCAUUAUUUCCUUUUCCCGUUUUUCAUACGGUUUUCUCAAUUAUCUAUUCAAAAAAACUACAAGAAAAAUCAAAAAAAGACCUCUCAAUGCACCAAUAAGACAAAAUUUUCUUAUAGAAAAAAUUGUUCAUUUGAUGAUCAGAGUAAAAUUUCUUGUAGUAAAGUUGUUCAUAGACAAAAAAAAUAAAACAGCACACAUCAUAGUGAAACAAUGCUUUACUCAUUAUCUAAAAAAAAAAAACGAUAAACAAAAUAGAAAAGUACAAUAUAAAUACACGACCUGUUAAUAUACAUUGGCAGUUUUAUUAGCGUUAAUCAUGGUCUUCGAAAUUGAGGUCUAACUUAUCAUUUGUCCGCUUGUUUAGACAGUUUUAGUUCAAAUAUAGAUGGGUGAAAGAGCUAUCGGACUUUAUCUACUACGUAAGACCAACGAAAAAUAUAGAAGCGACACUCGAUCAUCUAAUCAAGUUCGGUUUACCUAUAAUCUGAAGUACGAUCCUGAAGAAAGGUAUCCGUUAACUAAUCGGAUACGAAAAACGUUUCUGGUCCGUUAAUAAUGUAUCGAUUCUUUUGAAUUUCCAUUGUUCGUUUAUUGAGUUUGAGUGGUUUCAGUGACCAAAGUGACUCAUUGUAUUGAACACUGAAUAUACAAAGUGCCUGGUAAAACCGUGCCGUUAAUAAUAACACCAAGUCAUCAUCUGUAUCGUUAUGUUAUUUUAUACAGGGUUAUUCUUAUGCUAAUAACUCGGUUUAUUUUUGUUAUUUUUGGCGUAAUAUUUUAUUUAAAAUUAUUAUAUCUACCUAAUAAUAAAUACUUUAUUAAAUAUUACAAAUUGCUAUUCUAAUUAGGUAUUACAAUUUCUACUUUAACUCUAGGUAAUAAAUGUAAAUAAUAAUUACUGUCCUCUUAGUAAAAUAUAAUAGUUACUAUACUUUUGAAAAGUAAUAACUAAUAUUAUUAAUAAUAUACCUUCAAUAUUUAUACGAAUUCAUUUUAUUAUUCAAUUAAUUAAUUUAACCUACUUACACAUUUUCAGAAUAUAAAAAUCAAUAAAAUAAAGGAUUGAUCCAUUUGAUCUUCCUGAAAAUCAAUUUGUAAUAUUGUUUAGAUUGAUCAAAACAUUAGUAAGACAGCAAUGAUCCCCGAAGUAAGAGUCCUUGAGGUUUUGAGAUUUUAUGCUCACGGUAGCUAUCAGAUGUCAGUAGCAGUGGUAGCACAAGAUUUCACAAUAACAAUAUGCCAAAAAAGUGUUAGUAAUUGUGUAUACAUAGUUACCAAAGCAAUUGUUGCGAAUCUGGCUCACCUAUGGACUCAGUUUCUAUUUGAUAAUGAAAUUCAUCUAAUAAGAGUUCAAUUUUAUGAAAAAUAUAAUUUACACGGUGUUGUAGGUUGUAUCGAAUGUACUCACAUUUAUAUUGCAUCAGUUACUGAUGAUUCUAUUCAGAGAGAAUACAUGUAUGUUAAUCGGAAACAAGAACAUUCAAUUAAUGUAGAGAAAUUCUAUUCUAUCUUCUAUUGAAUAUUAAUUGUUUUCACCCCAAUUUAUUAGAAAUUAAAAUUACUAUUAUUAAGAAAUUAUUGAUCGGAUAUGAAUGUAUGUUACAUUAAAUUUUUUAGAAUAAUAUAUUUUACAAAGUGACUAUUUUGAAAUUUUUUAAAAGUGAUAAAAUAAAAAGUAAUUUUUUUUCAAUAAUUAAAGGAUGUAAAAAAAAAAUUGAACAUUGACAGAAUUAUAGCAUAAGAAUAAUACUAUAGGACAUCCUGUAUAUCUGUAGUAUAUUUACUUAGUAAUGACAAUAAGUCAAGUGAAUUUCGCGUUUUAUUAUAGGUAAUUACUUAUUCCUAAAAAAAUACGCGACUGUGAAGUAUUAUACCAAAUAAAUAAAUAAUAAAUCGUUGCAUAAUGCGUUUAAAUAUUAUGUUCAUAAAUUAUAUUUACAGUGCACACAUAUAUAUUGUGUAUACCAAACAAAUUUGAUAGCGUUAAAAAUGUACUUAUAUACCAGUAUUCUAUCGAUAGAGAGCCGUCGCCGCGUAUAUUCAAACGAGCCUGGGAUUUAUAGCUAUGUGGUUUUAUAUACAUAUUAUUAUAAUAUUUAUGAUGGUAUUAUUGUAUUAAACAAAAAAUACUAUAUCCGCGUUCGAUAUGAAAAAUAAUAAAUUAUUAACGAUUUUUUACAAUAAUAUAAUUUGUAUAAAAAAAAAAAAAAUAAAGCCACUCCAAGGUGUGCUAACAGCUAUUAUAUUCGUAUUUUGUUCGUAUACGCACGUUGCAAAAUAUAUAAUUCCCUCUCGAUCGACGUGAAUAUUUUAUACGAAUAACCGAUUCAAUGUAAUAAUGUUUUUGCAUAUUUUAUACUAUACCGUAAUGUUUCGUAUGGAAGUCAAACGCUUUAUAAUUUGGCAAGAACACGCCCACUAUACGUAUAUAUAUGCGAAAUUACGUGAACGGCAUAUCCGCGAUUAAAAUUAUGAAAAGUUCAUAGUCACGACGAGAUCGUUUGAGAAGAGACACGGAGUGUUAGUAGUUUUAUUUGCGCGUUAGAUGUUAUUAUAAUUUUGACAGAAGAGACGCCCUCGCAUAAAAUAUCUAGCGUGUAGGUAGCACAAGAAAUUUACCGGCGCAAACCGGUGUAAAUUGUAAAUUUUCUCUUAAAAAGUAAACCGGUGUAUAACCGUGAAAUUACGCUAUACCAAAAACCGCCACUAAUUUUGAUGAUCUGAAUGAAAUUUCUGGUUGAAAAGUUCUCUACAGACAGAAAAGAAAACUAAUCUAAAAAUAUAUUUUUAUAUUUUUUUCAUAAAAUUCCAUUAUAAACAUAGAUAAAAAUAAAAUUGAAAAUCUAUCUAUGAAUCAGUCAGUACUCGAACACAAUUUUAUUGUUUGGUUCCAAACACAUCGGGUCAAAGAGCUACUGAAUGUAUUCAGAUAAAUGUGGUGUUUAAAGGCAACGACAUUUAUCCUAUUCGACUUUACUUUCAACUAGAAUAGAAACUUGUGCUCAGAAGAGUUCGAUUAGAUAUUUAUUUUAACUUUUAAAUUACUGUAUGGAUUUAUACAUUGUUCUGAAUCAUUAAAUCAAUUUAACUUUUUUGUCCUGGUUUAUCGUACUAGGCAAUCUAAUAUAUGUUAUACAUGCCAUUCCGUCGUGUUAAUUACUCUCAAAAAAAUCCGAUACCUAUUAAGACUAAUGGGCUUUGUAAAUAAAUUGAAUGUCGACUUAGUUUUUAAUAAUAUAUUAGGUUUGUUUAAUGUAUACUUUAAUAACUUUUUGUUUAGUUUAUGGUGUAUUCUGUAUUGUAUUGUAAUUGCCUUGUAUUACUGCAAUAUUUGAUAUUCUGUGUAUUUAUAUUUUUAUUGAACAUGGCCCGAUUAAAUAAACAAAUAAUAAUAACAAUAAUUAAUACUGACGUAUAAUAAGUGAUAAAAUUAAAAUUAAAAAACAGACUACACCCCAAUGUUUUCGUCAUAUGCUUAACAAUAAUCGUCUACUGCGUUAAUAUUUUCAUUAAAUCAUUCGUUUUGUUCGAGAUCCUUUCAUGAUAAUAUUAACAUUAAACCUAACUUACUGCUUAUACAUAUUUAAUAAGAUAUUUUAAAACUUAUUAAUUGAAUUCCUCCCCCUCCCCGAAAACUGAACUGGAGUCAAUAAUUUUACCCUCUCCCUGUAAAAUAUCAAGUGAUUCAAUAAUCAAUUCCUCACCAGUAUGAUUUUAAGAAUUAUUUAAAGGAGUUUCAGAUUUGUGAUCAGCCGGCUUAGUAUAUUAAAUCUAAAAAAGAAAAUCGAUCAAAUCGAAAAUGUGUUCAAAUUUACUUUAUUAUUACUUUAUUGUGUAAUCAUGAAAUUAAUUGCUUAAAAAAUCAUGAUCAAGCGUAACCGCGAAACAGAAAAAAAAUACAUCCAUCAGUGACUUUAAAGUUUUCACAAUAUUAUAUCAGACAUAACGUUUGUUAUAAAGAAUUUAAAUUGGUUUAUAUACAUUCAAAAUGAUAAAAAUGUUUGCUGUCGAUUUCGUUAAUACGUAAGUAAUAAGCUGAAAACUCGAAUUUGCUACAGACUUGCUACAUAAUAAUAAAAAUAACGAAUACAAAAUUAUAAUAAUCCUACCCUCCUCACUAAAUAUGCUUUAAAUUAUUAUUAUUAUUAUUAUUAUUAUUUUUUUUUUUUUACGUAAAUCAAAGGAGAUUUUAAAUCGUACAUAAUACUUUCUGUAAUACCGAUACAAUGAAAUCCGCCGACCUUUGUUUACAAAAAAUCUGAUGACAGCAUUAUAGAAACAAAACAUUUUCAUCUUCAAUACAAUUCAAAAAUAAUGAUUAUUAUUUUUUUUUUUAGUUCGUAAAAGAAUUAAUUUUACAAUAAAAUAUACAUAUAUUAUGUAAAAAUAAUUUGCGAAAAAUUUCAAAAUUAUUAAUAAAUUUUCAGAAAUUGUAUGUUUAUCAAAAUUUUAUAAACGAUAGAAAAAUGUUUAGAAAAAAUGGUAAUAUUAAAAAAUAGCCCUCUUACAAAAUAGAAUUUUUGGAAUUUACAAAAACGCAAAACAAUCAUUAUUCAUUCAUUUAUAAAACAUUUUUAAGUGCUUACAAGUUAUGAUAGUGCGUAAAAUCCGUUAAAUUUGAAUGUUUUGAAAUUUCGUAUUUACAACACGUAACUGAUUAGAUCUAUAUAACAGGUAUUAUAAUUUAUAUUCCACAUAAUAAUUUCUUAAAUUGGGCGAGCGAAAUGAAAAUAUAUACUUGGUUUUUAUAACAACCAUUUUUUUUAAUCAACGCAUUAUUUUUCCUGUUCUAAAAGGUCAUUCAGAAUUAGCGCCGUAUUUCAAUCACCUGUUAUUUUUCUUGAGUUGGUUGGCUGACCUGAUGUUAUUUUUACAUCAACUACAAAUCUUGUUAUAAAAAAUUGCUGCAUUAAUUUAGUUUUCUGUUUGGUGUUUAUGUUUUAAAUAUGUAUGCGUAUAUAUUAUAUAUAUGAUUGUAUAUGAUAUAUACAAUAUGGUAUAUAUCAUAAUUUUAAUAUUGGUCAACUAGUUAUAUCACAAUAUAAUAUUAUACACCAUUAGUAUUAUCUACAGUACAUUUUAUUAUAGUGGACACCACUUUAUUUUAUUUAGUUUGUAAGUCAAUUUAGAUUUAAUACAAAAUAGUAAAUAGUAAACAGUUAAAUAUUUCAACAUAAUAAUAAAACAUGAUAAUGAGGACCGGACAACAGCACUCAACACUUCCUUCCUUUUUUUCGGCGGCCGGAUUCUGCCUUGGCAAAUCAAUCAAGUGUUUAUUUUAUCAUUCCUACUACCUAUUCUCAUUAACACAAUAAAUAAAUAUAAUUAUACCUGUGUUCAAAAUCAACAUUGUUGCUGAGGAUAUUCCGUUCAGGAUAGGUAAGAAUAUUAUUGUUACACUUCAUAGUUUAUAUUUUAUAUUAAUUGUUUCCUACCGUCGUAGGCUGUAAUAAGUAAUCUAAGUGAUUAGUGGGUAUACAUUUAAUUACUUUGUACCCCGUUAUUCACUUUAUCACAUUAUAAAAUAUAAAUAUAAAUUAAUAUAUUAUACACAUAUAUAUAAUUAAAUUAUAAUGAAACCUGUAUAUAACGAACAGUUACAGGACCAUAGAAAAUGUCCGUUAUAGGUAGGUAUCCGUAAUAGUUACUGUGAUAGCAUUGUAAAGAAAAAAAAACGGACAUAAUUCGUACGAUUGGUGAACCACUGGUGAGAAGUUGGAAAGUUGAAAAAGAAAUUAGAGGAAAAAUUGAAUGUAUAUUUGUACGGAAAGAUUAAUCAUUGCUUGCAAAAAACGAUUCUGAGCGGAAUCUAGUUACACAUGGACUGAAAGAACGUAAUAUUUACGAUUUGAAAAUUUUCGAUUUUCUCCGGAGUUUUGUCAGCAAAUGUAAAAAAAAACUGGGAAUAAACAAAAGAAAACCGGGAAAAACGUAGAGAAACCGGGGAAAUCAGUGCAACAUUAAACAAAUAUUAUUAAAGAAAAUAUAUAGAGCCUAUUUAAUUAUUUCACUAUAAUAUGGCUUAUAUAUAUUGUUGACAAAGCAUCACUAUCAACUGAACUCCGCUCAGAAUGGUUUUUCAUAAGCAAUGGUUUAUUGUUGCUCACAGGUAUACAUUAAGUUACCUAUAACAGUGGCUUCAUCCGUCCCCAUUAUCCGAGGACAUAUUUUUUUUUUAUGUAAUUCGUUGUUUUUUAAUAAAAUUAUUAAGAUUUUAAAUCUGGCGUUUCUUUUAAAUGACUGCGCUGUUCAAUUGAAUGUUUUCAUUUAGUAAUUAUUGCUUAGUUUUUAUAUACUAUUUUUCUUAAAUAUAUAUAUAUAUAUAUAGAGAGAGAGAGAGAGAGGGCUUUUUUACUAUAUCCGGAAUCUAAACUCAGAGUUUUAAAUUCCAAAAUUGGGAUUUAUGAUCAAAUUCCGUCUUCGGAAAAUACAGAUAUCUCACCAUUGUCGAUACGAUCACCGGAGACCCGAUAAAUUUGUCCGUCACACACCCAAAAGCAUCGCUGUGUAAUUUUAAUUAUAAUAGUAAAGUUCUUGAGCGGUUAAUAUUUAACAAUCAGUUUACGAUUUUUGUAUAUACAUAUAAUAUAUACUUUUAUACUCUCUAAAGAACACUAUUUUACUGUUAAAACAAUAUUACGAAAAAUUCAAACGAAACUUUAAAAUGAAAAACAACGACGCCCGCCACUGGUACCUAUAAUAUUAAAACACGAAAACCCACGGUUCGGUAUAGGUUGCGGUUUUGCAGUUUUAAACUACAAAUAAUGGUAUCACACAGCAGAGUUCACUCUGCUUGCACAAACACGGUACCCGUUUUGUUUAUACUGCGGUUUUCUAAUAUCCGAGAUACGUUUAUUGUCUACAGACUUAAGUUUUGCCACCGAGUAACAUUCUGUUGUCUUGGGUCUCGCAUUGGGUCGUUUCCAUAUUGAAUUAGUCUACUUGAAAUGAAUGCCGCCGGUAAUUGGAUCAUAUUUUACAGUAAAUCUAUAAAAAAUAUUUAUCAACACACACCUGGUGUAUUACAUCGGUUAAAAAAAAACGUAUUAAACCGUUAUAUAGUUAUAUGAUCAUCGUAAUCCGUUAUUUCUCAUAAUUUAAUGGCGUACACUGUACGUUAAACACGUUAUCGUAAUCAAUUUAUCGUUAUCUUUAUUUUAAGGUUAUCAUCAUUUUUAUUAUAUCAUAUUAUUUUAUUUAUUAUCAUCAAAUUUAAUUUAAUUUUAAAAUCUAUUGAACUCACGUUGUCUCACGCCUGUUGUUUUUUUUUUAUAAGUACCUGCUAAUUUAAUAAGGUAAAAAAAAAAUACCUAGUUGAAUAUUUACUUUUAAUAAUGAGUUCAACUUCGUCAGUAGUUAUUUCUACUUAAGCAAAUCAACUUCAGUAUUUUGUCCACAUCGAAUAACCAAUGUAAAUAUUAAUUAUAUAGGUAUUCUUAUAUUCUUAUCAUAUAGACAUUAGAUAUAAAUAAUAAAAUAAAAUAUGUAUGCUAAUACAUAUCAAUAAUUAUUUCUAAGUACCUGUAGGUAUACAAGUUAGGUAAUAAUAAUGGAUCUUCACAAGAACUAUAUUAUGAUAAAUUUUGAUUACUAGUUAUUCUCACAGGUAAUGCAAAACCAGCUAAUAUUUCUUUGUAUGAUAUAAAAAUAUUGAAUGAUGCGUUAUUCUUGUCGUAUUGUUUAACCAGUGUAAUAUAAAAACUUCUUAGUAUUUACCGAAACAACCGCUUCGCCGGUAUACCGAAAAUAACGCUAACUCUACUAGAAUAAAUCAUCGCACUCUCAUCUCUCUAGAAUACUAUUACAAAAAAACCUCUAAAAUUAUUUUUCACGAAAGUAACAAAAAAAAAAGACUGACAUACUUCGCGCUACAGGUGGGCCACUGUUAUAGGUGAAAAGUUUUUAAAAUAGGAUAUAAAGGGGAAUUUCAUGCAUAUCUAUAUGUAUGCAACGAUUAAUAACGAAAAAGAUUCUGAGCGGAGUUCGGUUAUACAUGUUUUAUGAAGCCGUAAUAUUUACGAUUUUCGUCGCAAUUUGAUAUUAACAUUAUUUUUAUAAAAAAAACUACAUUAACCUCAACUUUUUUUUAUUGACUACUGAGUAAAACAUAUAAUGAACCGUAACAUAAUAGAAUGAAACAUACGAGUAUAUAAAAUUAUACUUUUAUUAUGAUUUAGUGGUUUUUUUUGGUUUUUAUGUAAAUUUAAUUUCUAUUUUUUUUUCUACCAUUAUGGAAUUAUUUUAGAUUCAUUUAAAUAAUAUAUUUUAACAUUUUUACCCCUAUUCCUAAUACUUAAAAUGUUUAUUAACUUUUGAUUUUCAAAUGGCAAUCCUUCCUUUUCAAUAAUAAAAUAGCAUACGAAUAACAAAUGGUAAUAAAUUCCGUAUAUAUUUUGAGAUGACUACCUUUUGCCUACUACUUCUCCGCUCUAAAAACUGCUGAACUCAUAAAUGAAAAACCUCACAAUCUGUAAGGUUGUCCGAUAUCUUUUCGGCCAUGUGCCUUUACAAGGGACUGUGUUUACGUUGCAGUGUUUGUUUUGGUCUAAAAAAUAGCGAUUACAUGAUUUACCACUAUACGUCACGACGAUGUAUCUAGAAACAAACGAAUAAAAUUGUUGUCCAUUUCAUCGGCUCGGUUCUGAAAAUAUAAAUUCCUUAAACUAUACAUAUACCCUACAGUUUUUUCAUCGCCUUUAGCUGAGGACUACAUGGCGCAUGCAUAGGUCUGGUCUAGUAUAGCUGGUAUACGGUUUUUCUUUGUUUUUUUUUAAUAUUGUUUUGGAUUUAAAGAGGUUUUCGCAAAAUAGCAUUGGUUCGCUGCCCUCAGUCUCAUAUUUAUUUUGUCGUACAUAUUAUUUUUGUUAUUUAGGAUCACUAUGAGGUACUUAAAUUCUUUCAGUUGUUUAAAUUCAUUAUUUUCUAAUUUAAGGCUGAACCUAUCUUCAUGUCUUCUUGUUACUACCAUAUAUUUUAUAUUCUCUGUAUUUACAGCUACAGUGAAACCUUCUCUAACGGACACUUUCCAAUAGCGGGACAUUUCCACUACUUUUCAAUAAGAAAACCUUCGAAUAGCGGACACUAUUUUAAUCCUAAUAAAAAAAAAAAAAAAAAAACAAAACAAAAUGACAGCACCAAAACUUAUUGUAUUAAUAUGUACUCUCGUAAGAAUGUUAUAACGAUACGAACUUGAUAAGAUCACGAAUAGCAGAUACCUAUUACAGUGGAUUAUUAUUAAAAAUAAUAACAAAUUGGCGACAGCUUUAGGUUAAAUGAUAAGUUAAACUCGUUAUUGAACGAUAAGAUAACAAUACGAUAACAAACGACGAAAACUAAACCUUGACUACCAAUGUUUCGUUUGUAGUUUUGUUAAUCAGUGAUUUAUUUUUACGACAAGUAACAAGUGUGUACGAUUUUAAGAUAAGUGGGAUAAAGCGCAAGAGGUUGUCGCUUCGAGAAAAAAUUCAAAUUCUUGACUUCCGUCGAAACAGCGGAAACGUAGGAAUUAAUUUUCUGGUAGAAAUCAAAUAUUAUUAAAAAUUAUUAAAAUAUUAUAACAUAUACAUAUCUUUAAAUCUACAUAGUUAUGGUACAUGAAUUUAUACAGUUUAUGAAUUUCGAAAAAUCACCCUCUCUGAAUAACGGACACCUUCGAAUAGCGGACAAAAAUUCGACGACCGAAAGUGUCCGCUAUUCAGAGGUUUAAUUGUAUACACUCAUAUUCUUUCCGCUUUCAUUAGUUUCUUCAUAUUCUUUUCUCUUCCCGAUCAUAAGUGUGGAUGUUUCCAGUGAUCAUUUUUAUUGAUAUAAAUUAUUUUAGUUUUAUAUCGGAUUAUGGUCAGAUGAUAUUACUGAGUACCUUCCCACUCUGUUACUUCCCGUUAUUUAUACUUUCAAACAAAUUACUUAUUGUACAAAUAUUAUAUAUAGAUUGCAAGUACGUUUUUUAAUAAUAAAAAAAAAAUUGAAUUAUAUAAUAUAAUAUAAAUAUAUGUAUAUUUAUUUAAAGAAUUCAUCAACUUCCGUAUUUUUUUUUUACAUUUAGAAAUAUGAUAAUGCAAUAAUUGUUUAAUUGUUUAUACCUUGGGGGGGGGGGGUUGAAGAACUUAAAUUCUUUACGUAAUUAUUAAUAGGAUAUUUGUAAAUGCAGUUAAAAACACAAAUGUAUUUCCAUGAAACUUGUCGUAUUUAUAACGGUGUUUUUUUAAAUUUUUUUUUUAGAUAUUAGGUGUAAAAAUAUAUUCAUUUCUCAAAAAGUAAGACAUUUAUUUCAAAAAUUCGAGGAAAUAAGGUACGCGUGCUUAUGUGAACAGUUCAAGCGGAAUGAGUGCGCUCAAAAAUAUUGCCACGGUAGUAAUAGGAAUAUCGAUAAAAAUAAGAAACAGACGGUUUGUGACCUAUGCACCGUAGAUUAUAGGUAAAUAGUAAAAACCCAAAACAUUUUCAGUGAUUUUUUCGAAUUCCUUUUCGUAUAGGUAUUUAUAGGUAUUUUUAUUUUUCAUUCUGAAAAUAUAAGUUCUUGAAAACCCAAAAUACGACUGUUCCCUGUCAAAACAUCACCAAAGCCGACCGCCUUCGUGACCUCAGGUAGACCGGCCGACUUAAUAUUUCACAGGGCUGAAUAAACGCCAAAUUAAUUUAAUUUGUCUACAUUUUACAUAUCAUAUUUGUAGUAUUGAUUUGUAAUUUCUGUGUCAAAAAUGUAUAAUGUUUUCUAAUUAUUUUUUCCUAAUGUUUGUCCCUUGUCGGUAAUUAUUCUACUUAAUUUUCAUUUAGUAUAUUUUCAUCAUAUUUUUCUCGGAUUUUAUUACUUAAACUAUUUUUUAUUUUAAUAAAUAAUUAUUGUUCACAUAUCUUUUAUUAUAAUAAUUUUUAUCGUUUAUUAUUUUCAAUUUUUAAAAAUUUUUUUAGUUCAUUAGAAUUAUUAAUUCAACUUUCCGUUUAAAAAAAAAAGACUGACAAACUUUGCAGGAUGCAGCCACUGUUAAUGGUGAGAAAUUAUUAAAGGAAAUAGGUUAAUAAUGCCUAUUUAAUUAUCCUACCAUAAUAUGACAUAAAUAUUUUUGACAAAGUAUCACUAUCAACUGAACUCUGCUCAGAAUCGUUUUUAGUAAGCAAUAUUUUAUCAUUGCUUACAGGUAAAAAUUAAUUUCCCUUCUAUAUCCUACCUGUCGAACUUAUUAAAAACAAUUCUGAGCAGAAUUCAGUUGAUAAUGAUAGUUUGUCAAAAAUAUGUAUAUCAUAUUAUGUUAAAAUAAUUAAAUAGGCAUUAUAAACCUAUUUUCUUUAAUAAUAUUUGUUAUUGUACCGAUUUUCCCGAUUCUUUUAAGUUUUUCCCGGUGUUCCCGUGUUUUUUCCCGGUUUUUCACAUACUUUAAAAAAAAAUCUUGGGAAAAUUGAAAAAUGACCUCCUAGUCUCAGUACUUUUCUAGUCAGAUUUAAUUUCAGAAAAAGUGCUAUCAUUAUAAAUUGGACCAAAAUUACUGGUAGUAAACUUGUUCACAAGAAAAAAAAGACCGUAAUAUUUUACUGAUACAUUUUGUACAUUUUCCCGUUUUUUUCGUUUUUUCCCUUUUAUUGGAAAAAAAUAACCCCCCCCCCCCGAAAAAAUUUCCUUAAAAUUAAAAAUAUUUUAAAUAUAAAAUCCAAGAAUAUAUUAUACAUAAUAGUAAAUAAUGUACACGAUUUUUAUUGAUAUUAUUUAAUAUUAUUAUAAUUAAAUAUUAAAACACCGUGCGCCUCCACUAAAUAUUAUCCAAAUGGCCUCAAAUUUUGAGGAUAUUUUUUUUAUUUUGUGACACAAGAUGGGUGGGUAUCCUGGAGGAAAUUUUGAAAUUGGCAUAAGAAGGACCACCCUAAUAUAUACAUAUAUGUAUGUAUAUUGUACUAUAAACGAGGUGAUCAAUCUAUCAUAAGACACUCGUUAUCUCGGAAAGUAUUAACUUUUUCAGGAAUUAAUUUCCUAGAAUAUUAAAGAAAUAACAUAAAUUUAAAAUUGUAGAGCAGUUUCUUAAAUGUUCUAGAAAAUAAAUUCUGGAAAGGGUUAAUACUUUCCAAAAUAAUGAGUGUCUUACGAUAGAUUGAUCACUCUGUAUAUGUAUAAACUUAGUAAAAUUACUCAAAAUGAGAAGAGGCUCAAAAGAAAUUAGAACAUUCACUUAUCAAUUUUUUUUUUUUUUAAACCAUGUAGAUUAAAGUAGAAAUAAAGACCAAAAAGAAACAAAGAGAUAAAUGAGGACACAUUUUUUUAUCGUUAUCUAAUUACGAUACUUGAUGAUAUAUGCUUUAUGUUUAUAAAAUAAAAUAAGAAAAUAAGAAAAUAAGAAAAAUGCGCUAAUGUAGUAAUCGAAAAAUCGUUAAUAUUAGUCGAUGAUAAUUUAGCGACAAAAAAUUAAGAUAAUUAAACUAAAAGACACGAAAAUAUCUAAUUUGUAAUAAUAGAACACUACAAAGGCAUUCUUUGUUAAAACAAAUAUUACGUGUUUUGUACCUAAUAAUUAUUAAAUAUGUAAAACAUUACUUGAAAAAAAUUUCACAAAAAAAAAAAAAAAAGUGUAUACCUAUAUAAAAAUAUUAUAAUCGCCAAAGUUGGGCAUUUUUGCCAAACUUCGAGCCAAUGACUUGACUGCACGACGGCAAUCUAAUAAUCCCGUUUCGAUCAAAUCGACGCCACCGGUCGACUGUCACUUAAUUUCCAUUUAUUAUAUAAAGACGGUAUUUUAUGAGUAUGAACGGACGAUAUUAUCGCGGCCACAGUUUUUCGAUCGGCCAAAUGCACCGAUCGAUCUUUCCCGAUUCAACCCAAGGAGAAUUUUUUCGGAACGUUUUAUUAGGUACAGCUAAGGAGAUCAGAGAAUAAGUUAUUGAAUAAAAACACGUAUACCAAUAAAAUAAAAACUAUAUUUCUAAUAAACGCGAUCCGAUUUUACGUGUAAUAUUUGUUUAGAAUGUGUCACUAUAAAGUUUUUAAUUGGGUUUUAAGAGUAUCAUCGCAGAUAAAGAAUUAGAUGCUUUAAGUACGACUUGUCUCGUUUUUUUGUUCACUCUCGCAACGAGUAAUAAUAAUGGUGUAUUAUUAUUUUGAAUUUGAACGCGGCAAUUAUUAUUAUGUUUGACCAACGAUUCUGAAAGUGGACAUACAAUUAAAACUGUAAAAAUAAUAAGUAAUAAUAUUAUACAAAUUAACAUGACGAGAAAAAAUCCAGAACGCAACGAUAUUAAUUGAUAAUAAACAAAAUACGAUUCUGAAUGGAACUAAACAUAUAUUGUGCUAAAAUCAAAUUGAACAUUUUAAAUUAAAUACAUUUAGUUGCAAAACAAAUACACAAUUUGAAAAUAUUAAAAGCAAUCUGAAUACGAGUAUAUGUUUGAAUAAUAAAAUAUACAUAUAUCUACCUAAUAUUCAACGACCAAUAUUCAACAUUUAAAGCGAAUUGUUAUGCGUACCUAUUUUUUAUAUCUUUUUAGUAGUUCAAAAUGCCAGAAUUGUUUAUACAUGUUCUCUAAAUAUAUGUUUAUCAACCGGAAAACAAUAUUAUUUACAUAGUGUUUCCUUGUGUCGUUUUUAUUCGGAUUUCGGUAGGUCGGAUAUUAAAUCGAAUCUAAAAGCCGUCUGUUCUAUACACUUAUAGAUAAUAUAUUCCGUAAAUAAAUAUCAUAAUAUUGUAUAUUUGUAUAAUGUAUGAUAAAUAAAUCUACAUAAUAUAAAUAUCGUUUAGGCUAUGGGAUAGGAUUGGCUCGUACGAAAAUCCAUGCACAAUGAUGUGAUACUCAUGAAAAUUGAAAUAAUUUUAAUAAUAAAAUUUAAAAAAUGAUGAUAAAUAAAUAAAAUAACUUUUACGAUUUAAAAUAAUAUUGUAAAGUCGCCAGUGCAUUCAAUAUAAUAUAAUAGGUACAAGGUGAUUUUUUUCAUCAUGAUUUAACGAUUAUCUACGGAUAUUUUGAAUGCAAUUUAUUUUGGUUUUUUUACUUACAAUAAAAUAUCUUCUGUCUCUCCUCUACCCUUUUAAAACCAGAUUCGAAAAAAUAAUAUUUUUCGAAACAAAAAAUAACAUUAGUAUUGGAUUUACCAUUUAUUAGUUUAAAAUUUAGACAGAAAGUGUAAGGAAGACCUAGCUAUUAUGGUAUCUAAAAACGGAUAGGUAUAUGCAUUUUACUACUCGUUUCUUCGCUUCCUCUGACAUACUUCCUUUACAUAAUGAUUGAAAAAAAACAAAUCAAAUUUAUAUAUUAAACAAGUUAUAAAAAUCACUAUAUACUUUCAGAGAUAAAUUAUUAUUUUAUAGAUAGGCCAUUGAUUAUAUAUCAUAUAAAUACAAUGUACAAUUAAUGGAUAAGUAUAGAUAUUCUAUUAUUGGUAAUAACCAGAUUUUUCUUUUCCCAUGAUAACAAAUAUUAAAUCUGCUCAUUAGUCAUUUAAUAUACAACACGGUUUCGCAUUUAUUAUUUUAUACAAUAUAUUUUUAGAUUUCGAGAAGAGUAAAGAGCGAAGAAGCUAUUACUAAAAUGUUACCAAGAUAAUCGUAUUUUUCUCUUGGAAAACGUCACAAAAAUUUGUCUGGAGAUUAAAUCUCUCAAAAUAGGUAUUAGGAUCGAAAAACUAUUUUUUUUUCACCUAUAUAAGACGACGAUCUAUUUCAAACAUCCCUCAUCCAGCAAUGGCAGGUAACGUUAUUAAUAAUAUUUUCUUUUCCUGAUAAACUCGUAACAUAUCAUGUAGACCUUGUCGUCAUGCAGUAUCAACAGUUCUCUUAAAUCAAUAUGUACCUUUUUUCACUAUGAAUUAAUUUGUUUUGUUUUACUGGAAAUUAACCAGAACUGCUAGCGAAAUAACACGCAAACCUUGCUUUCCAAUCGGCAGAGUAUCUAAAGCAUAUAUAAUAGUGCGAAUUUCUAUCAAAAUAAUAACAUAUGUUAAUAAUUUCUGUACAAUACUUUUGGUUUUCUUUGCAUACAUAAUAUUGAUAUUUAGGGCUUCGGAUAAAUUAACAAAACAAAAUAUAAUAACAUGAGGAAUCUCGAGUCAGGAGUCUUAACCUAAAACUGUCGAGAUUACGCAAAUGUAUCUUACAGAUAAAGAAUCGUUGCUAUAGGGCGCAGAUUUCACAUAUUUUAUGUUAAGUAUGAGAGUUUUUAAAGCAUUAUUUUUUUUUUUACUAACCCAGAAAGUAUUUUCUAAGCUAAAAAACACAUCUUAAAAUCGAUUAACCUAAAAAAUAUUGAACAUUAUUUACAUCCCCGUGAUAAUUGUAUAUAGAUCGAUUUUUGUAGCUUAUGCCUCAUCUUCUCGUCCUUUCAUUUCAGGUUAUUUGCAAAACUGGUGAUUCAUGUGUCCGUUAUAUAAAACAUAUUUAAUGUUUUGUUUACGGUAAGUCCGGAUAUCUGUGUGCCAAACUAAUAUUUUUCUUGACGUCACAAACUAUACAUUCAAAUUCAUUGGAAGUUGAUCCUACGUUCAAAAUAUAGAUUCCGAAAAGUUGAAAAAUUUACAUUCAAACGUUUGCUUAAUAGUAUUAGUUAAGUAAUCCUUAUUGGUGUAUUUUCCAUUUUCGAAAUGUAUAGUACAUCAAAUAGAAAAUUCUAAAUAAAUAUACCCUUCGAAAAAAAGUACCAAGUAUCAAUUUGCUCUUCGCUAAUCUCCCUAUAUCUACAUCAAACAUUUUAGAGAAAGCAUUAACCGGGAAAACCACGUUAUUAGAAUUGGGAUACAAGGAGACCAUAAUUUCUUUUUCUAAUCAUUAUCAUUCAUUUUCUUAAAAAAAAAUCCUAAAAAGUUGAUUAACUUUCAAGUUAAAAAUUUCGUUUGAUUAUAUAUCAAAUACUCUCAGAUUUACAUAAACUAUUAUUUAAAAUUUAAUGUACGAGUUAUUAUUAUAAAUUGAAAAUGAUCUGUUUUCAAAGAACAUUAUAAAACGUAUUCGAAACAAAUUCAGAUGAAUUUAAGAAUAUUUAAGAGUAAAAUUAUAAAAGUUAGAUUAUAUAAAAAAAAAAAAAAAAAAAACAUAAUAUUAGUACCGGAAAUACGAUUUGAAUAUUUUAAAUUAAUUCAUUAUCUAGUGUAAACGAAUAUGAGAUAUUAUAUUCCAUAUCACAAAACCAUUUCCUUGUACAAUUUUUUAUUUUUAAACUAAAUUAUAAUACAUAAGUAUUAAAAAUACCGCCUAUAUAUAUUUUAAAUAAUUUACACACGGCAAAAUUCUCAAAAAUACGUCAACCGUUCAGUAUUCAGGGGUUAAAAUUGCCUAUACAUGCAAUUUUAACGAAAAAAAAACCAAAAUUUACCAUUUCAAAAAUAUGAAAAUUCAAUUUUAAUCGGUUAUUACCACAAAUAUUAACUCUGAUAUUAUGAAAUUUGUCGAAAAAAAAAAACCAUUCAAGUAAAUCAAUUUUAUUAAUCAUUGAACUUGAGAUUAUCUUGCAAAGUCAUUUUGGUGAACAAAAGAAAACAAUAAAUCAUCUUUAGUAAAUCAAUUUUAAGAUUCACCGAUCGAUUUACAAAAAAAAAAAUGAAGACAUACUUUGCACGAUUUGGGCCACUGUUAUAAAUGAGAAGUUGGAAAGGUGAGAGAAAGAUAGAGAGAAAUUCAAUAUAUAGUAUAUACAACGAUUAAUCUUUGCUAACAAAAAACGAUUCUAAACGGAGUUCGGCUAUACAUUUUUUAAAAGUUUGUAACAUUUACGAUUUUUAAAAUAAUACAUUUCGUAAAUUGUCCUGUUUUCCUGUGAUUUUUCCCCAUUUUUUAUGAAAACAGCUGGAAAAAUCAAAAAGGCCGCAAUAUUUACUAUAAAAAAAGUACGGUUUGCGAAACUAGGUGAGUGACCGUCGCGCGCCAGGCGGCCAUUCUCAUGUAAACCAGGGAUUCUAAAAGUUUUAUCUAUUAAAUUAAUAAAUUAAUAUCUGGUGUAGCUGUGUUGCAGCUGUUUUAUGAACCAUUUUGUGUAUCCUUACUAAAUGUACAUCGUAUAUUAUCUUAUCGUAUAAGGUAUAACGUAACGUAUAUGUACAACAUAUAUAAUGUAAAUAUGUGUACAGCAAACUGCUCGGGUGCUUGGAACCGUCGCUCGCGGUUAUUGUAUUGUUAUUCUAUUGACACCAAAUUGUGUACAAAAACGGUUUUUUUCAUAAUCUAUACGUUAGUCUUCGAUCCUCUGCUCUUCGUGUAUGUGUUGAUUGUUAUCGUUUUAGUUGAUUAUGAUUUUAUUAUACGAUUGUUUUAAUUUUGUACAAUGUUGAUUGAAUGUAAAUUUUGUAUAAUCACUGCCAGAAAUUUGCCACUAGACGCCCAAUGAUCACCCACCUAGUUUUGCUGACCGUACAUAUAUUUCGUACAUUUUCCCGGUUUUUCUACAGUUGUUCCCAUUAAUUGGGCAAACUCCUGGAAAAAUUAAAAAAUGACCUCCCUAAGGUACCAUCCCAAGAGAGUUCUCUUUUAGAAAAAGUGCAAUACUUGAUAUAUUGGAGUAAGAUUUCUGGUAGAAUUUUGGUACACAGUAUUAAAAAAAAAAAAACAAUAGUAUUAAUAAAAUAAAAAUCAUUGUAAAACCAACAUAUUUCUCGCUCCGCUCAGAAUCUAAAAAAAAAAAAAAAUGCACAUUCCUUAAGGAAAUACAUUUUUUUUUUUUAAUUUUUAUAUUAUGGAUAAAAAUUAAAACAAAUUAUUAAUACGUUAUAAUGGGAUAUGGGUCAAUACCACUAAUCACCGAUAUUGAUAUUUUUGAUACAUAACAUAUUACCACCGAUAUCCGAUAUCGAAAUCUAUGAGUUGAUAUUUAAAUUAACCGAUUUAUCAGAUGAAAAACGGAUUUUUUUAAACAAAUUUUUUUAUUUUCCAGAGAUAUAAUAAAUAUUUUUCUCCGAAAGUAUGGGAACAAAUAUCGAUUUUGAAAUAAAAACCCAAUAUCGAGUAUAACUUUAUGUAUCGGCCCACCCAUCCAGUCACCCCUAGUUAGAAGUUUGUUAUAUAAACAAGUGUUGUAGGAAAUCGAUUAUUUAUUGCUUGUCUCGAAAAAAUAUUUUCUCUCGCUACCUGCAAUAGCAUCGACAACGAUAUGUUGAUGAUAAUACACGUUAUUUUACGCUAUAGGAAUAUUGUACGAUAAUAAUUUCAGUCGCGGUCCAGACAAUAUAUUAUAGAUUGUCCACUUCAAUUAAUUCUUUAAUGCGGUGUCGAUUUGAAUAAGAAAAAAUUACAAUACAAUAUUCAAGAGUUUAGUAUAGGCACACUUUUGCAAAAUAAUAUACAAUUAUUCUUUGGUUUGAACUUUUAAGUUCAUUAUUUCACUUAAAGCUCAAAAUCGUUUUGUCGUCUACUAGAAGACGGCUAUAAUAAUAAUUGUAUUCCCGUCGUAUACCAUUUACUAUGUUAUAGUUAUCAAUAAAUUAUUAUUUCCAAAAGUUAUGAGAUGGCUCGUAUACAAGCAACAAUUAUAUAUUAUUUCAAAAUCGAGUCGUCGGACGAGAAUUUUUACUUCAAUUUAGUACGUGUGAUAAAAAUUAUUUGUAUUGUGAUGAUAUGAUAUCGUAUAUAAUAAAAGUUAAAUGAAGAUAACCUAGUCCGACAUUGUUCAGAUAAUCAAUAUGAAAAAAAAGCUAUUUUUAAUUUUAUAUUUAUUCUAAUGUAUAAACAUACGUUUUAUAACAUAGUUUGUUUAAUUUGUGUUGUUAAAAAUUUGUUUUAAAUCCUAAAAUUAUUACUUGAACGAUUAAUAAAAAAAAAAAAUUGUAUAUAUGUAUUUUAUUAAGUAGAACACCAAAGUUAUUGUGAUUGUCAAAUCUUCUAGAUACGCUUCGAGUAUACAUACUUAUAGAUUGCAUUUAUAUAAGUUGUUUAUAGAUUUAUUUAUACUAGUUGAAGUUUUCGUCUAAAUAUCUAAAGCGACUUAAAUAACCGAAAAUACUGAAACAGAAUUAAAUAGUACGGGUAUACGCUCAACACGAAAUCGUAUUAGAGGAUAUAUAUACAUGAAUAUAUAGUGUCCUGGAGUUUCGGUACUCGGCCUUUAACAAUAAGGGUAUUUAGGUAUGACCGAUAUAGUAUAUAUAGUAUAUAUAGUAUAUAAUAUAUAUAUAUAUUAUCAACUAUAAUUGGAUUGUUAACUGUUAUUGAGCGAAAAAGCUUUGAACGCGUUUAAAACUGCGAACGGCAAGGAUGGAAAUGACGUGGACAUUCCUCGGACAAUCUAGAGGGCGGCGUGUAUUAUUCCGCUAAUAUCCUUAACUAUAUUGUUACUCCGUUGGUAUUAGACUUCAUGGGGUAGUCGUUCCCGACGAAACUUUUAAACGGACAUUAUCUAACAAAAUUGCAAUAUACCAAAUAACUAUACCUAUACUUAAUUUGCCUAUAACAGAACCAGAAAUUGUCGUUUUAAGAAUUAUUCGGUAAAAAAAUACAAUAUGAUAUUAUUACGAUAAUAUACAUACAGUGUAGUGCCGUUGAAAUGGUAACAUGCAAUAACUCAGUCGGAAAUUAAUUUUUUUUUUAUGAAAGAUUAAUGGUACCAAAAUAAAAAUGUUGGGCCUAUUUUCAAGAAAGCAAUUUAAGAAUGUUUUUUUAACUAGAAAUACCAAUUUCAUUUUUUAGCAUUCUGUUCAAGUAGUUCUAUAAGCGAAUUUUGAAAAAUUUAAAGCGUUUAUUAUUAGUUAUGUUUAAAUUACAUUAUUUUGAUUUAUAAUUAUAAAGCUCUAGUCAAAUGUAUCAAUUAUAAACUAAUGCGUUUUAAAUUUAAUUUUGUAAAAUCAAAAAUGAUUCAUAUGCUAUUUUAGUAAAUAUUAGAAGGUUAUCCAUCAACUGUUGAGAUAGAAAAAAAAUCAUACAAGAAAAAUUAACUUGAUAAAAAACUAUUCGAAUCUGAUAUUUACAAUGUAAGUUUUUACAGUGGUUAGAUUUUUGACAAAAAUAGAAAUAUCAUAUACGUUUUCUUAUUUUUCGGAGGGGGUUUUCCCAAUAUUAGAAGAAGUAUGAGAAAAUAAUAUCAAGGUACAAAAAAAAAAUAUACAUAUAUAUACAUUAUAAUCUAAUACUAUAGCGAUCUGAAAGAUGUAAUUACCUACCUUUGUUUUAUUCAAUAUUUGUAAAUUUUUUUCCCUUAAUAAUUACUAUAGCGUCUUGUGCUAUAAUUUCCUUAUUUUAUAAUUUUUUUUUUUAAACGAGCAAUAAAAAAUGUUUAGUUAUUCACACAAAAUCCAAUAUAGCUAUUUUAUAAAUAUAUUUAAUUAAGAUUUUAAACAAGUUGUAGGAACUUAAUGAUUCGUGAUUAGUUAAUAUGUGUAGCACCGAAAAAUAUAUUAUUUAAUAAAAUAGUUUUCUUGGAUUUUGUAAAAACAGUUUAUUUUUUUAGUUUUAAAAGAUUGUUUAAAACAGUGAAAGAAUCUAGUAAUUAUUAUAAAAAAAAAGUUGUAAAAUUAAACAGAACAGAAGUUAUAUCAUUUAUCAGAUUUUCGUGAAACAUCCCAAUAAUACAUAUUGGUAGGUGUAUAAAUUAUAUAUUUUUUUAAACAAAUAUACGGAGUUCUACUACCGUGAUUUCGUUAAUAUCAAACCGAGUUUGAGACUAUUCAGAAAUACAUUCUCGUCACUAAAAUCGGAUUUUGAAUUACAAUAAGGCAACGACUGCGUAUGUAUAAUAUAAUGAUGACGAAUACGAUUUUUUUGUAGUAUAUUAAUCAAAUAAAAGUUACUUUAUUACUCACCCAUCUGCACAAUGUAGGAGUUCUCUAUAAUUUUAUGAAGGAAUAUUUUUCUUUCUGCCCACCCUCCCCUGGUUAUAACUUUAUAUGUUGAUUUUAUACAUGUGGCCUGAAAAAUUAUGUCGGUAUUAUAUAUUUUUUUUUAUUUAUGAAUUUCGGAACCCUCGUGUUGACACUCAUUUUAAAUAUUACUAUUAAUUCUCUGUAAAAAAAAAAGAAUAAUCAUUUUUUUAUCGAUAAAAUAUUAUAUAGGUAAUCAUAUUCGUGUACGAAUACAACUUUAAUCGUACAGUUUUUUUUUUUUUUUUUUUUGAUCACCUAGUCGCAAAAAGUAAUUUAUCAAUUGAUUUAAAUUUUAAUAUAGGCAAUCAGAAAUAAUACUAUAAUACUAUUAGAUGUGAUUUUGUUGUUAUUAACGUUGAGUUUCAUUUUGCUUACAUAAAAGUACAGACGCUCGUAUGGUAAUAAUAUUAUUUUGUAUAAACUAUUCAAGGACUGUUACAGUUUAUUUCAGUAAAUCUCGGAGUUAUUAUUCUGGACUUUAACUAAUAUGAGGGAUAAAUAAUUUCGUAUUCCUGUGCAUGACAAACUAUGCAGGCUAUGCGUGUGCGUGUGUGUGAGUAUGUGUAUGUACGUGAUUAUAUGUGUAUACUCGAGAAAAAUUGUAUAUACAAAUAUCAGUUGUAAAAAAAUAAUUAUAAUAAAAGAAUGUGUGAAAAAAAAGGAACGGUAUUUACUAUUUAUACAUAUAUAAUACUGUAGACGGUUAAAAAAAUAAUGACGGAUACUCGCUAAUGUGAUUUUUCAAAACAAAUUCCACAGUUUAUACUAUUUCAGCUGGGCCUGAAAUAGUGAGUUUUAGAGCAAAAAGUAUGUAGUACAAAAUACAAAGUGCAUUGCAACUCAAAAUUUCACGUGUAUUAAAAAAAAUGUGUUCUUAUGAAAAGACAUUAAAGGAACAGUGUCUCAGGACACUAACAAUGUAUAUACAUCUCUGAUCAUAUAGUCGUAAACGAUAUACAUAUAGAUGAAUGGUAUAAACGAUAAUAUCAGUGUUAACACCAUAUCUAUAACAAUGAAAUCUAUUAUAUCUUAGAUCAAGUCCAAGAAUAUCGGUAUGUACCGUGUAACGAUUAAAUAUAACACCAAUAGUAAUAACAAUAUUAUCAAUAUUUGAUCAAACUGUUAGUGACAUUGCAAAAUUGCUGGUAGACAAAUUGUACAUAGAAAAAAAAGGACAUAAUAUCUUUUACUAAUAUUUACAUUUCGUUUAUUUUCCGUUUUUCCGACAUUUUAUCCCGAUUUUACCCAGAUGUUAUGAAAACCGCAUGAAAAAUUAAAAAACGACUUCUCUAAAUUACUGUGGUGAUAAAAUUUCGUUUCAGAAAAUAAGUUACAAUUGAUACAUCGGAGCAAGAUUUCUGGUAGAAAAGUUUGCACAACAAAUCGAGAGGUAUUUUGCGAUUAAAAUAGUCCGAGAAAGCGAUGACUUGGAUCUUUAGGUACAUCCAAAAAUGCAUUAGUUAUUUCUUAUCUAGGUAAAAGAGAAAAAAAUUCAAAACAUUUUUUGGUUUAAACUUGAAAUCCCUAGGAUGUUAAAAGGUAUAAAUAACCAUUAUAUCACAACAAAUCUGCUUAAAAAUGGACAAUAUAGAGUUAUUUAAAAUAACACAUAAUAUACGCAUAAUAUUAAAACUUCAAAAUCUAUAAUUUCAAAACUUAUUCAGUCCGUUGAGUUCUAACUUCACCAUAGUUAUUAAAUCAGCAAUAAACAUAUUAAAAAAAAAAACAAAUUAAAAAAUUAAAUUUGUUCCACAUAAUUUUUUCAUUAAAAUUUGAUAUUAAAAAUCCCUCAUAAAAAAAAAAAUAAUACAUUAAACUCAAUUUUUUUUUUUACCACAAAGUAAGAAUUUUAAUGGACUUCCUGUUAAAUUUAAAAUAUUUUUGUUCAAGUCUAAUAAUUUUACCACAGAAUACCUACCGAAUAAAUAUUACGUACAAAACUCUCAUGAUAAAAUUGUCUAUAAAUACCUCAAGAAUAGCCUAAUUUUUUUAAAAAUUUUAUCACUUCUAGAAAAGGCAAAUAUAUAUUUCGUGUUUAAAUUUUAAGUCCAUAUAAUCGAUAUGAAUAUUUUUAACUGAAUUACAACAAAUAAAAAAAUUGAAAAAUUAUAAAAGCAUUAUAUUCAUAAAUUUUCUUUUUUUUUUUACGUUUUAUCAUGAUUUUUCCCAGAUAUUAUGAAAACCAGGAAGUAUCGGAAGUACUAAAUCAAUUUUCAAUUUUUUUGUAGACUCCAUACAAUACGUUACCGCGGUAGUUUUAAACUAAUUAGUUUUUAAUUUGUUACGUUUUAAAACUCCAAUUUCAAUCACUAUUUAAAAUAGUUGAAAACAAAUGUCACGCACUGUAUAUACGUUUUACAUAGAGAAAAACAACUAUUAUUAUUAGGUUUCCUUAAUUUUACUUUUAAUAGGAAAAUUUGUAUAUAUAAUGUAUGUAUGUAUGUAUAUAUAAUGAAUGUAUGUAUGUUUUCAGGAAGCAAUCCAUGUAACUGUUUAUCUGAUUCUGAAAAUUCGUUCACUCGUAGAACUAGGUAUAGUAGAAUGUUACACUAAUCUCGGGCGACACAGGUUCUGCCUAUAAAUUCAAACCCUAAAGACUGACACGGGGUUUUUGGUACAAAAAUCGAAUAAUUUAUGUUGAUGUAUGGGUUACCACGGUAACAAGAAGAAAAAUAACUAUUAUUAUUUAAUUUGGUUGUUAUAAAGCAACAAUUUUACGGGAAACUUUAAACAUAUUAUUACAUGUACAGUGGGCGUCGCUCAUAAGAGAUAAGAUUCACUUUAUGUUGGUUCCAAAGUAAGUCUUAUAACUGAAUGAACCUUAAAAGUAAAUUAAAGAAAACAACUUAUUUAUUUCCUUUCAAAUGUUUUACAUAUUUUACAUAUUACAUAUUAUAAAAUGUAUUCAAAAAAAUUGUUAUUUAUUAAAAUAAUGGUGUUGAAAUUCGAAUGCAGACUGUGACUACAACAACAAUAUGAAUUACGAGAAUGUGAAAUGCAAUAGCUGGCAAAAUUCGGGCUUCAUCGGGAGUAUAUUACACAAUUUCACCAAAAAUGUACAUUUUCAACAAUUACAUUUAUUUUACAAAAUUUGAGUCUUAUAACUGAAAUAGAAAGUUUUAUAAUCGAAUUUUUUUAUGUAUUUGGAUACGUCCAGACCGUUUCAAGUUAUUUUGAAUCACAUAAACAACUAUACCUUACAUCCAUAAUUUUUAUAACUGAUUAAAAGUUAUAAUAAUUGGAUUUGAUUGUCAUAUAAUAAUAAUACGGUCAUUUAUUUUGUCACAAGCCAGCAAGUACAGAACAGCUAUAGUAUAUAUGAGGGAUUAUCAAAUUUCUUGUUACAGUACAAUUUUCCAUGAAAUACUUAUUUUUCAAAAAGAGUUAACAAAAAUCACCAAAAUGUAUUUAAAUAAAUACUCAAUCUAUUAAUAGAAUUUUCAGGAUAGGUUGAUAUUUGAAAUUCAGAAGUAUAUAUUCGUUUCAGUUUCAAAAAUGAGCGUGAAACUAAUUAAGGCAACGUAACAUUUUAGAAUAAACGAUUCCAAGAAGUGUAAACAUAAGUAUGUCAUUGAAAGUUUGACUGUAACAAUGAAAUUUGAUAAAUCCUGUACACAUAUUUCAUCAAACUUGAUCAGUUAUUUCGAGAUAUUAUAUAUAGUACAACAUUUUAUAUCGACAUUAUUUACAUUUUAUAUUAACAUGUAUAUCGUAUAGUUUUAUAAAAACACAAUAAUACAUUAGUUUGUUCUAAAUUGGUUAAAAAAUUUUAAUGUUUUCGAAAAAAAUUCUAAACAGUUUAUUUUUGGACCUUAUUCAUCUAUAUAACUAUAUAAGUACGCAGCCCUGAUAUACUAAAGUUUCGUAGUUGUACAAUUCAUGAUUUAUUCAUUUAUUUAUUUUUAAUUCAUGAAUUGGGUUAGUGUGCAUCACUUUAACUUAACCUAUAACCUAUAAUCUGCAUUAAUCGUCAAUAUGUCUCAAUCAGGCCAAAUGUAGCAUGUAAUUCAACUCAUGCAAUAUUAUUAUUAUUUAAAUAUUUUUCAGGUUGCCUAACUCCAUGCACACCAUAUGCUCCGAUCAACGAUGCAGUAUAGCCAUACAGUUGUCGUACCUGUUGCCAUUCAUAAUUUGCAGUCCCACGUUUCUAGUUUUCGAAAUACUAGAAACUGAGAUAAUUGAAAACAAUACGGUGGUCGUACUCUACCAUUUAGGCUUGAGCACAUUGGCGAGAGUAAACCAUGAACUACUGUAUAUGGUGCACCUAUGGACGUACGCAGUGAUCAUUAAAUUAAUACCGUGUCUGCUACUGACAGUCGUUACCAUAUCACUGGUAAGUAUAACAUAAAUGAUCGGUGUAUAUAUAGUAUACAGUCAAAGCAUUAAGGGUGACUUAUUAAAAUUCUGAAAAUAUUUUAUCCGAAUAAUAUUUCAAUGUACACAAAAUUAGGUGCACAAAAAACAUUUAACUGAAAACAAAAUUAUUGGAAAAUAAUUUAGCAGAAAAAUAUUUGAACGAAAAAAUAAGGAGAUUAUUAAUUUAGGUAUCACAUCUACAUUUAAUUAUUUUCUGUUAUUUGGCACACGUCCGAUAAUGAUAAAGACUCGAUAAUAAAGAUAAAAGUCUGAACAUAGAGGAUGGUAGUUUUCUCAAUGGUACUUACUUUCUGAUCGUAAGCUUUUCGAUUAAAAUAGUUUCUAUACAAAAUCGUCAAUUGCAUAAGUAUCAACCGAUAAAACACAAAACUGAAAAACCAAUAAAAACUUUGUAAAUAUGUGUUGAAAUGAAAACACGUUAAAAGAUUCACAACAAAAUUUCACAUUAGAUUCGAAAUGAUUCGUGUGCAGGAAUACUUAUCAUUUCCCUAUUCAAAUGUUUAUAUUAUAUUAUUACUAUUACUACGAGAACAAUACUUUUUUUUCGUCCAAAAUACGAUUUAAAUAUUCCUUGCAACUUUUCGCAUUUUCUUUGGAAAUUAAAAGGUGGCUGUUACUUAUACUGGCUAUACCUAUACUUUCGUUAGUGGACCACCUAGAACGCACUAAAUAUUUAUAUUCCCACCGUCGUUUAAAUUCACUUUAAAAGUAACGAACUGUGCUUAAUAACGUCGUUUACGAUUAUAAAAUAAGCGCACGUAACAAAAAAACUAAAACAAAAAAAUAUAUAUACUAAAACCUUAGUUACGAAUUUGACUAGACGCUCAUAAAAACAGUAUCCAAAAUACUUACUUUUCAUAAAUAUAAAAAAUGUUAUUUUAAGAUUUUACAACUACAUAGUAUCAUGUAAACAAAUAUAUAUUUUCCUAUAUAGGUACAGAAGGCAUUUAUUAUAAUAAUAAUCCUCUAGCAACUUUAUAUCGCCUAUUCGAAAUUAAAAAUCCCUUAUAGUUACCGUAAAGUAAAUUAUACAUAUUUAAAUAUAAUAAAAUAAAAUACUUAAUUAUUAAUUUUGAUUUUUUUUUUUUAUUCUUACAGAAGUUUUUUUUUAACUUCAGUUUUAGUUUUAGUCUAAUGCGUGUUGGUUGCAGGCGUAGCAAUAAUUUAUUUGUAUUUUGUAUUUCAGUAAUUCAUAAUGAAAAAUAUGGGUCGGCGGUACUUUAAAGAAAUUGCUAUUUUCUUUUAACUUAAACGGGAGCUAAAAGAUAUACAUAUAACGUAUAAUAAUGUUUAAUAUAGUAUAGCAGGUACCUAUAGGCUUAAUGUGCAUUACAUUAUAACGUUUAAAUUAUUAUUAACACGAAAUUUAUGAAUCAAUGAUGUAAAAACUUUAGUAUUAUUCAAAAAUUACAAAAAUAUAUUUUUAUUAAGUGCAGAUUUAAAUAUAUUUAUUCACGUUAGUAGUAAUGAUUUGUACCCAAAUUAUCCGCAUAUUUUAGAUUUUGAACUGAGCAAGGAAUGCAUUGGUUUUUCAAUGAUUUUUAUUUUAUUAUUGUUAUUAUUCUUUUUUUAAUAUCGUGUACCAAAAUUCUACCAAAAUCUUGCUCUGAAGUAACAAGUGCAGCAUCUUUUCUGAAAAGAAAUUUUCUUGGGAUCACGCCUCGUAAAGUGGUCUGAUUCCGAUGGUUAUUUUUUGGUUUGAAAAAAAGACUUAUUACGCACCGCAUUGCGCACCUUCUUGUUUUAGUAUUUUUAUCUUAAACUUUAUAAUUGGUACGGUAAAUUUUUAACUUUUUUAGAACUGAAAUCAUAUGAAAAUCGGAAUUCAAUGCACUUUUGUAGAACGUUUGUGUUUAUGAGUAAAAAAAAAAAUUGAUAAGAAAAUAUUGUCUCUAUUCCCACUAAGAAAAUUCGGCAGUAAUAACUCAAUCACCUUAAAUCAAGCAAUACAUUUCUCAAAAAGUCUUAUCUUUUAGAUUGUCAGUAAAAUGAUAAAAAUAAUUUUCAAUUUUACAAAAUUGAGAGUAAAUUUGGUAAACUUCUUGGAUAUUUUAAAUAAUAUACAAUAUACAAGUUUUUACUUAUCGAUUUAUUAUUCUAUAAUUAUUUGAUUAUGCAUUCAAUUUCUCAUCGGUUUUGCUUACAAAUAAACUAAAUUGAUUUUUGAAGAGGCUAAAAUGUAAAACGUACUGAGAUUUAGAUGACUGGACAUACAAAUAAACUACUUAGGUAGUUCAGUAAUCCUAAAAUCAAUGAACAAUUUGUUCACAUUAAUUAAUAGAACUCAUUUUAGAUUCCGAGGUCAUUUUUUGAUUUUCGACGCCAUUUUUUAAAUAAAAGCACUUAAGUGAGAUAAAACAUAGGGAAACGUACAAUUUCACAAUUUCAUUAUUUUAUAAAAAAAAAAACACGGACGACGUUUUCUACCAGAAAAAAUUAAUUAAUCGAAAAAUCACACGACACCUUUUUUUUUUUUUUUUAAUUUACUUUCUUACAGUAUCAUCAUCAAAACUUUUGAGCCACUUUUGAGCUUUUAAAGAAUUUUUAUUUUUGGGAGUUUAUUUGCUGUAAUUCGGUUAUAAAUACAUGUAGAGGCUUGAAACUUGGUAGUAAUACUUAUAUUGUACUUGGACGUGGUAAAAUUUCCAAAAUCGUCGGAUGACCCCUUUUUUUUUUUAAUAAACGUUUUGAAACCAAAUUUAAACGAAAAUCGCAAACAAAAUUACGGCACUUCAAGUUAUGUAUUACAGAACUGCGCUCGGAAUCGUCUUUCAUCAGCAAUGGUUUAUCGUUGCUUACAGAUAUAAAUGAAAUAACCUUAUGUAUCCUACCUUACCAACUUCUCACCUACACCAGUGACCACUCCCAUCCCCUGAAUCAGCUCUUUUCUUUUAAUUAUGAAACACAAAGGUGUAAGAAGAAAAUAAUUAAUUGAUUAAUUUGCAUUAAAUAUUUUAGACGAUGACACUUGUGAUUAUUAAUGUUAUAGUGAAUAAUUAGUUAUAUAAUUUAGGAACUUCAAACGUAAAUGCAAAUUUAGUCAGUUCUAAUAUAAUUAUGUAACAGUAUACCUACACUUCAACGAAAAAAAAAUACGAAUAAUGUAUAUAUUUUUAUGACCCAGUCAAAAGUUUGAACUUGAAAAAUUCCAACUCAAAACUAAUUUAAAACUAAAUGGAAAACGAUAUCUAAACUUCAUCACAACGUUUUUCUAUUUAUAUAGAAAUUUAACGAGUUCAAACUAUUCGUAAAUCAUUAAAGAACAUACGAAUCACGAAACGAGAAUAUUUUAUGGUAUAAAUUACGGUUCUCAAAGUUUUUAGAGGACAGUAUCUGUUUUUGGAUCAGAUUUAGCCGCGGCACCCUUAUAUGAAUACCACGAAGAAAAUAAAUUUAAAAAAAGACCUGAUACUGGGAACAGGUACGGCCACUGUUGGGAAGGUGGGAUACAUAAAGUUAUUUCAUUAAUACCAGUACGCAACAAUAAACCAUUGCUAAUGAAAAACGAUUCAAAGCAAAGUUCAAUUAUACAUAUUUUGAAAAGGCCGUAAUAUUAACAAUUUUUGUUAAAAUUUGUUUUUAAAAAUUCUAAAAAAAUAAGAUACUCAAUGAGCUACUCAUUAUUUUUUGUACCACUAAGUAUGAUUUAUAAUAAAUACAUUCUACCAAACAAAAAUUUCGUAAAAAAAACUAUCAAAAUUAAAUUAUACAUAAAUAGCUCAAAAAUGAAUCAAAUCUUUUCAACAUUUUACCAGGUCUAUAAAAAUUAGAAAAAUAAAUAUACGUUUUUGUCAAAAUGUCAAGUCACUAAGAAUAUGUUUAACUGAGUUAUAUUAAAAAAAAUAAAAUUUAAAAUAAUAACAGAAUUCACUUCGUACAUUUUCACAUUCUUUCUACGCAUUUUUCAGUUUUGCUCAAUUGUUAAAAAAAAACAACAAAAAAAAUAAAAAAAACGGUUUCCUUAGUCACCAACAAUAUUAAAUAUUCAACAAAGAAAACUUUUAGUGUUUUUUCUAUAGAGCAGCCAGGUCCGUCGCUAAGGUACAAUCAAGCCACACGUUGCUUUAGGGCGGCAUACAAUUUUAAUCAAAUUGAAGCGGUAAAAUGAAAUUAAUUAUUGUCAAAAACGACCGGCAUUGAAAUGUUCACUUUAGGGCGGGAAAUAUCUUGUGAUAGGCCUGAGAUCAGCCUUUCCUAACCUGAGGGUAAUUACCCUUCAAGGAGUAAAAUGCGAUUUUUUAAGAGAUAAAGAAAUUACUUAAUACGGGGAAAAAAAGUAAUUUCUUCUCGAUAAUGUCCAUUCAAGAAAAAAUUUUACCGUCAAUUUUUGAUGCCUUAUAUAAUCAAAAUUUAGAACAAACGAAAAACCCCAAUAUAUUUUAAAUGAGAAACUUUAACUCGUUAUAGGAGAACAAAAUAAUUGUCCUAUAAAGCUCAAAUAGGACUCAAAAUUUUGUAUUAUAUUUUUUAGAACAAAGUUAGGGGGCAUCCAAUAAGAAAUUUUACCAUCAGCCAAAUAAGUACCACCCUAAUAUAUACAUAUAUAUAAAUAACAAAGCAACAAUAUUAACCAAACUCUACAUAGAAUUGUUUUUCGUUAGCAAUGGUUAAUUGUUGCUUAAAAUUAUACAUUAAAUUUUCCCUCUACCUUCCCAACUUCUCACCUAUAACAGUGGCCACCCACGUGCGAAGUAUGUCCGUCUAUUUUUUUAAUAAAAAUUCUAUUUUUGAACUCAAUUUUAUAUAUAUAUAUAUAUAAAAAGGAUAAACCAUAUUUAAUAAACGGCAAAUUAAAAAGUGUCAUCGCUGUCCGAAUUCUUUUUUUCUACCGUCAUCAUACAUGUCUCGUGAAAUUAUAUUUUGCAAGCAACUUGCCUUUUUAUAAUAAAAAAAAAAGUACAGAAAUAAAUACUUAUUCGUGUAUUAUACAUGAAACAAAAUAUAUAUUUUUAGAACCUUUUGAUGCUCAAAUAUAUCGAAUUUUAUUUUGAUGAAAACGAUAUUUUGAAUAACAUAUUAUUUAAUAUUAUUUUUCUUAUUAUAAAACAUGUAAAUAAAUACUAUACAGAUUAUAGAUACAAUAUAUGUUGUUUAAACAAAAACAUAAUGAUAUCAACUCUGAAAUUUCCAAGAGGUAACCACAUUAUACAUGAUUCGCGUGUAUACACUAUGUAGUUCAAUAAUUAUUUUAAAAACAAAUUUUUCACCUAAUACAACGUGAAUAGCAUUCUUGAGUUUUUACAGAAUUCUAACUUCUAACCCAGUGUUUCCCAACCUGGGAGCGUGAACAUAUUUCUAGUGAAGUGCAAGAAGUCAUGAAGUAAAAUUUAUAUCUAUUAAAUUAUUUUUAUUUUACAAUGUAGGGAAAAAAUGAAAAAUUAUUAAAGACCAGUUAUCAGAAUAUCAAUCAAGAUUACGAGUGGUUAGCCGGUUAUCCGAUUCGAUUAAUCGGUACCAUAGGAGGAUGCCAGGGAAUUUAUUAGAGGGGGAGGGGCAAAAUUGUUGAAAAUCUACAAAUGUGGCGUAGAAUAAAAGGGGUUGAGAACCACUGGUUUAAUUGAAAGAAAUUAAAUUUUCAAUACAUGGAUAUAAAUCAUUGCUAACGAAAUGCAAUUCAAAACGAAGUUUAGUUCUGUAAUUCUUAUGAUUUCAUUUUUUUAUUUUCGUCAAAAAAUUUAAAAAUUAUUUUAAAAAAACUACUACAGUUACGCUUAACUUGUUUUUAAUUUCUAAAUAUUUAUUUUAUGAUGAAACUUUUAUACAAUUUUAAAUAAUUUUUCUUGGCGAAAACAAUUUUAAACAUAUAGAACUAAAUAAAAUCUAAAAUAAACUCGAAUAGCCAAUGUUUAUACAAAAUAUAAAUUGCUCAAAAAUCACCAGAUUGUUUUGAAAAUUUUACUAUUUUUAGAAGCUAAAUAAUUUGUGAAUAUUUCAGGUCUUUAAGAUUAUUUUUAAAUUUUAACCGAAUUCCAACAAAAUACAAGAUUGAAAAUAAUGAUAUCGUUAUUAAAUGUCCAGUUUUCCUACGUUUUUAUCCAAGUAAACGUGGUAUCGGCCCAUUCCUAAAUUGUAUACCAUAUUGUUUUGUAAAAAAAAUAACAACAAUAAUGUUAAAAAAAAAAAAUGUAGAAUUUCAACGAUAAAAUAUAUCAAAGUCAAAAUGUUGAAUUUUUAGAUAAACGCAUUGAGCGAAGCGUCCGAAAGGAAAGCAAAACGACUGCCCACCCAACAACAAAUGGCCCGUCUUAGGAAUAUGAAACUCAAGAAGCGAAUGGACCGGACGAGUCGAAUAAUGAUCGCGGUGUUGUUGUUGUUCCUAGCCACGGAAUUCCCCCAGGGAAUACUGGGUCUGCUGAGCGGCAUACUAGGAAGGUGUUUUUUCCGGACGUGUUACAAUCUAUUCGGAGAGCUAAUGGACAUGUUGGCCCUGUUGAACGCGUCGUUGAAUUUCGUAUUUUACUGCUGUAUGAGCAAACAGUUUCGCGUCACGUUCGGGCAAUUAUUCAAAACGCAACCGAACAUGAUUUUCAAGUCCAACAAUAUAUUGGAGACAUUCGUAUAG